CUCCACUCGUGUGUGUGUCUGUGUGUGGUGCGGACCUGACCUGGGACCAUGUCAGUGUACCUAGUGAUAUGCCAUGCGGUGACCGCCGGCCAGGACGGCCCACUGCUCGGGUCGGACGAGGAAGAGAUUGUCCUGCUCAUCUACCUGGUCCUAGACGUUGUUAAUAACAAGGUGGUGGCGGUACAGCAAUACGUUGUGCGGCCACAGUCAGCCGACGCCGCCGACAGCUUCCUCUCGGAAGUGUGCAAGAACGACUACCAGCUGACCGAGGACCAGGUCAAAAACGGCGAGUCGCUGGAGUCGGCAAUACUACGGUUCGACCAGUUCGCGAGGUCGAAGCUGGCACUGGACGGCGGCAGCACGUUUCACUUGGUGACGGACGGCCAGCUACACCUGCGACAGUGCCUGCACCCGGAGGCCUGCAACAAGCUGCUGGAGCUGCCGCACUAUUACUGGGCCUUCCAUGACCUGCGCAAGCAGUUCCGAGCCCUCUACCAAACGGAGGAGAUGAACUCGGUCCAGGACAUGCUGACUUACCUGGCCGUAGAGUCGGACCAGUCCUCCGACCUCGGGUCAAGACAGGUGCAAGACAUGGCCAAAAUCGCCCAGCGCAUGAUACAUGACGGUUGUAAAUUCGACUCCCCGGAGCCCAUCAACCAGCGGCUGGAGCCUGGAAUCUGCUCGCGGGAGGAGGUGGUCGACAGCAACUGUGUGGUGCGUGCUCGCGGCCUGCCCUGGCAGUCAUCUGACCAGGACAUCGCCAACUUCUUCCGCGGCCUCAACAUCGUCAAGGGCGGCGUGGCGCUGUGCCUGAGCCAGCAGGGCCGCCGCAACGGCGAGGCGCUCGUCCGCUUCGUCAGCCAAGAGCACAGGGACAUGGCGCUGAAGCGACACAAGCACCACAUCUCCAACCGCUACAUCGAAAUCUACAAGGCCACCGGCGAGGACUUCGUCAAUGUCGCUGGAGGCGUGAACACCGAAGCCCAGGAAUUCCUCAAGCUGGGAGGACAGGUGAUCGUCAGAAUGCGGGGACUGCCAUACGACUGCACUGCUAAGCAAGUGCUGGAGUUCUUCGAGGCCGGCGAGACCAGCUGCCAGGUGAUGUACAGCGAGAAGGGUGUGCUCUUCGUCAAGAAGCCCGACGGCAGGGCGACCGGCGACGCCUUCGUCCAGUUCGAGAACGAGGACGACGCACCCAAGGCGCUCAGCAAGCACCGCGAGAUCAUCGGCUCCCGCUACAUUGAGCUGUUCCGCAGCACCGUAGCCGAGGUGCAGCAAGUGCUGAACCGCUCGAUGGACCCGCGCACGUACGAGCAGCAGCCGCCGCUGAUCGCGCAGGUGCCCCAGCCAUUCCCGGUGCUGCCGCAGCAGAUCAUCACGUCCGGCUCGCGCAAGGACUGCAUCCGGCUGCGCGGCCUGCCGUUCGAGGCGCAGGUGGAGCACAUCCUGCAGUUCCUCGGUGACCUGGCCAACCUGAUCAAGGUCCAAGGCGUGCAUAUGGUCAUCAACGCCCAGGGCCAGCCCUCUGGGGAGGCGUUCAUACAGAUGGUGUCCGAGGACGCUGCGUUCGUCGCCUCAAAAGAGCGCCACCACCGAUACAUGCCGUUUGGCAAGAAGCAGCGCUACAUCGAAGUGUUUCAAUGUUCGGGAGAUGACAUGAACCUGGUGCUGAGUGGGUCUGUCUCGCCCACCCAGCAGGGACUGGUCGUGUCUCCUGGCGGUGGUAUGCUGACGCCACCGUACGGCCUGUACACGUACGCCGCGCCGCCCGCGCUGCUGCCGGCCGUGGCGCCGCUGGCACCGCGCGUGCCGGCGUACGCGUACCCGCAGAGCCUGUACUACUGGCAGGCGUACCCCUCGCCGCCCGUCUCGCCGACCUCAUACUAUAGCGGUCUCACGCCGCCGGUCACUACGCCGGGCAUACAGACGGGGGCCGCCCCCGCGCUGGUGAGGAUGAGAGGCCUGCCCUACUCCUCCAACAAACUUGACAUACUCAAAUUCUUCGAAGGCUUUGAGAUCGCACCGGAGUGUAUCCAGCUGCAGCAGAACGCCGAGGGCCAGCCGUCCGGUGAGGCCAUGGUCUCCUUCGCCUCGCGCACCGAGGCUGAGCGCGCCAUCCUGGAAAAGAACAAACAGCAUAUAGGCACGCGGUACAUAGAGCUAUUCAUGGCAUCCUAGGCCCGCUCGCAUCGCGCCGCCCUGCUGGUCGCCACGGCCACACCCGACUUGUGUGCGCCCUCCUAUUGGUGGAUGCAGGACAGUCCGUGCGGCCAUUGGCUGGCGGAGCGACCUUGAAGAGGCCGCGCGAUAGUCAGCGCGGCGAUUGGCCGGUGGUGACCUUGAAAGGGGCGCCCAUCAGUGAAUGCGGGGCAGUUCGCGUCGCGGUUGGCUGACAGCCGACGGACGCCCUGGUUGAAGCGGGGGCCGUUUGUGCAAUGCCUUCUGGCGAAAGUCGGUCGAGUGAGCGAGGCGCGAGACAGAAGCGAGUGAGAGAGGAGCGAAUGUCUGCUGGUUGCGUUUCGUGUCGCGUUUUCCGCACCUCCGCGGCUCGCCGAAGCAGCGCCACGUUUUGUAUUUUAUUUCGACCGCAGUUAUUCGCCACUGUCUUCCCAUGAGCUUCCACACCGUCCACAAGGGGAGCCGCAGCGAGGUCAGCACAUCAUGGCCCCGGACCGAACCCCUGCGGCGGUCAGGUCUCCGACCCCCCCCCCCCCCCUCCCCCUCCCGGGCCCAGGCCGGCCUAUUGUACCAUAGUUGAGAGUGGACUCGCCAGCCAACCGAUAGCUCUCUGUUAUAUGCCCAGCCGUUUACGUAGUUUCGUUAACUUUACGGAUGUUUAUGUCAACAUUAUCACAGAGUCUUCCGCGUAUGUGCCGGCUAAAGGGCAGAUGACCUUGCUGGAUGUGCUGCAGGCGCCACUGCGGCCGGCACUUUGUACAUAGUUUGUUUUAGACAAGAAUUGCGUUCUUGCACAAUCAUGCAUUCGACGUGCCUUAUUUGCAUUUAGCUGAACGUGUUUUAUGUAGAGAGUGAUUAGCGUAAGGUGACGCGUUGCGCCUGGUCGCAAUGUUCUUGAAUCUACUUCAGCCAUUCCACGCGGGAAUUCCGUGCGGGAGCCUUAUGGUCUGUGGGGACCGCAGUACACGUGCAGGGUGGGGCAGGGGGGAUAUAGCGAAAUUGGUCACGGCGUGUCACUUCUUCGUUCUCGGAUGUUGAUAUUCAAACGCGUUAACGAGUAUCUUGCCGUAAAGUUCGGUUUGUAACUGAUUUAUUUCAAAUGUAGCUGUGAGGUUAUGAGAAGUGCGUGUUUGUCGCCGCGAAAGCCGAUGUUUCGACUCUCCGUUGCCGGCAAAAAUCUGCAGGUGGGAGCUGUCAUGCUACCCGUUUUAUUCCUAGUCUUUUUGAGUUUGUGAUACGAUUACAUGACCUGGUGGAUUUCCCAGAAAGGUCGGCCUCGGUUAUUUGGUCAAGGUCUCAAUUUUGACGUGCGAUGCUCGUGCUAUGUGAUGCACCCAAAAUUAAAUAGUGUUUUGGAUUUUAUUGUUCUGCAUUUGUGCUGCCGGUGUCGCCUCUGGAGUGCCGGCAGCGUGAUUGCUGGCUGUUGAACACUCGUGAGGUUGCGUGUAGCCCAUUCUGACUUCCUGUCAUUGAAUGAUGCCGCACAAAGUCGCCACCAAGGCCCAUGACGUAAAUGUACAAGGGAUGGGGCGCCAACGCUAUGAACUAGUUCUAAGGCAGCAUCAUCUCAUCGUUGCUCAUAAUAUCUCGGGCCCGCUGUGUCUGGACUGGGCCCACAACCUGACCUGAACUGACCCGACCAAAGGUCAGACCCAGCCGCUUGUCUGUGAUAAACAGUAGUUGACGUUCGGAGUGAGAAACAGAAACAUCUGGGUACGGGAUAUCGGGCUACUAUCUUCAGCAUGCGGUGCAGGAUUCGGGAAGGAAUAUUCGGGCGUGAUUUUCAAGUAACAAUUGACGCUGAGCGUCGGUGGUCAUGCAUAGCGCUGGGUGCGGCGCGCUCUUCACUGGAAGCAUAAUAUGUUAAUCUUGGCGGGCACGGUGUCUCUCUCUCUCUCUCUUCUGUAACCGAACAUUGCUAUGGCCACUGUUGCGCUUAAUUGUAAAUCUUGAGUGGUGUUAGGUUAGUUUGCUUGCUUUGCUUGCUUCCGGCUGGUCACUACUGCACGUCGUCACGGGUUCCAAGUCGUCGAAGGAGGAGGGGGAGGGUUCCACUACACCCUUGGCCUGUCGCAGGAGGAGGGUGCAGUGGAACUGCACGCGUCUUUCGAGAGCCAUCGCUGCCAUACGGCACUAGACCAAUGAAGCCAGCAGCGCUUAUUUGCUGGAAGCUUGGGGCUCGCAGGCUUUUGGGUGACCAGUUGCUUAAAAGUCAGAAUGUAACGGGACAAAACACUGGCGCGGGCGAAGGCAAGCCCUGGUCUAAGAUUGGUGCUGACGCGGCUGGUCUCGGCGGUUGUGGUUCAUGACCGACCGUGCCGAACCUCCACCUCCCUAUUCGGGGCGAAGCCUUCGUGGUGUCAGCACUGCCGUCUGGUGGCUAUUUAAUGAAGCCUGAGGUCAGGUUUGGCCCACCAGGUGCCGCCGCGCGCGCGGGCUGUUUGUGGGCUGAACGCCCAGCGACGCCGGCUACGCGCGCCGGAGCCAGGUGCCGGCCGCCCUGACCCGGGUCGCAGGGGCGUGGCCCGGCUCCGAGCCGCCCCGCCCAGACGGCGGCUGCAGGCGGACCGGCGCGGCGCCACGCCCCCGCAUAGCUUGUGUUUGAUGAAUUUUAUCUUUUAAGGGAAAAAACAGAAAAAUCACUCCGCAAUGUCAGCAGCGUAUGAUUUUCAUUGUAUGGCUAAGCGUUGUGUGUUUAUUUUAUGUUCUUAAUGCAUUCAUAUCAAUAGUUUAAAGUGUGCGUGUUGUAUCUGAUAUUUGUUGACGCCCUGUAAGUACGUCUGCACGCCGUCGACCGUCGGUUUCGACCCACGGUGCCGCGAGACGCUCCCGACAGGCUGAAAACCAGAGCUGUGCGAUUCACUUGAUAACGGAAGGUCCAGUGCAACAUUCCAAAAUCCUGACGUACUCGUCUGCCGGCCUCUGGACGAUCCUGAGAGUAGGACCGAAUAUCUGAUUGUGUUCGGAACGGGAACGAAUGUUCUUCGUUCAAGAGAGCGCUAUUUACGCCUGUAACACCAGGACGGAAGCUCACGUGUUUAUAUGUGUGCGUGUUUGUUUGUGUGAAUUUUCACGUUCGCACAUUACUGAAACAUACGCUGCCCUCCCGCCUCGUCUCUAAGCAGCUGUGCAAUUUGAUCACAAGUAUACUUUAUAGAAUACAUGUGAAUAACUAU